GGAAUCCACUCUGAAUAAUUUAGGCCUGGUCUAAACAGCAUUAGGCCAAGGGGCCAAGUAAAAAAAAUUUAUGGAAAUGGAGUAGGCCUAAAUCUACUAUUAUUGUAAUUUUAAUUAGGCCUAAUCAUCGUUUCUGAAUUUAUCAAGUUUCUCUAGAUCUAGAUUUUAGUUUAUAAUUAUUAAUUAAGUGUCCCCAUCAAAGCUGGGUGGAUUCUGGGACGUGCUACAAAUACAAGUCCAUACUAGUAGAGACCUUCGGGCUAGUACCAAUAACCCAAGACCAAUACAGUUGAGUUUGUCAAGAAACAUACUAUAAUACCAGAGGAAGCAACUCUUCAAGGGUCAGCCAUGACUACCAGAAUGGGCAAUAGUGAAGCAUUGGUAGAAUGUCCUUAUGAUCCAUCUCAUAUGAUAACACCACUCAGAAUGCCAUAUCAUCUGUUAAAAUGCAGAAAGAAUCAUCCGUUCACAGACUUUGUUGUUUGUCCAUUCAAUGCCUGUCAUGAGGUCAACAAGGCAGAACUUAAAUAUCACAUGAGCAACUGCCCUGACAAAGUUUUGAUUGAGAGAGAAAUUACGUUUGAUGCAAUUAAAAAGGCUCUGGUCAACUCAGAGUUUAGAAUACACAAAGGAUGCACAGAUUUGCCUACGUACAAUAACCCAACCCACAACACUGGCAAUGAUUCUGAUGAAGAUUGGGAUGCAGAAAGGAGUGAUCUUACAUUUUCAACAGUUUCCCUCCAUCAAGUCAGAACGAGACGUCAGCAACCAGAAUCUAUUCUGCGAAGACCAGCUACCACAGGAAUGGCAGCAACGCUGAACUGUCUUGUGGAGACAGAGAAAAACCAUUCUGCCAGUAUCAUCCAUGACUUCAGUCUUUUUUCUCUUGGUAGAGGGCGAAUGAGGACAGCUUUGUCUAGUGAGUCUGACGACCUAGAUGAUGGCCCACCUGCGAUGUCCCCUGGUUCACCGGCGAAGCCUGCACCAUUACCCCUGCCAGUUGUAAACAGAUACCCGUAUUGCCCGGCCUUUGGUAGAGGCAGGGGGUUAGUUGUAAAAAGUUGAUUCACCAAGAAAAAAAAUUAUGUUUUGACACCGGCUUUUAGAAAAAAGUCAUUGUUUCAGUUAUUUUAAUGUGUUGCUUGUACACCAUUUUAUUUUAAAGAAGUAGCUUGGUUCUGCUGUAUAUAAUUACUUGUCUAUAGUAAGUUUUUAAUAAUAAAAAAAUAUUGUCU